GAAAAUUCCAAAGAAGCCACAGUGCCACACAUAAGCAUAAAGCUAGAAACGUGCGUCCAGAGACGGAGAGAGAGAGAAAGCAGGGAGGGGAAAGAGACUCGGGGUUUUUGGUUAAGCCUUUGGGUUUUCUGUUAUUGUUUGUUCAUGGCCAUCUUUAUGCCUAUCUUGGCAAAUCCCUGAUUUUUACCCUGAAUGGGUGAGGAUCAAGAUUUGAAGUUCGUGUGCAAGUUGUGUUACAGGAGGUAUCCAUGUGGAAAGUCUCUGGGGGGUCACAUGAGGUCUCAUGUGGUUGCAACUUCAUCUGAAAUAGAUGAGCAGAUGAAAAAGAUGGAAUCUUUGAAGAUGGGAGAUCAAGAAACAAGAUUUGAGUUUGGUGGGAGUUCUAGUUAUGGCCUGAGGGAGAACCCUAGGAAGACUUGGAGGGCAGUGGGCUCAUCCAACCUCCCUAUGCCUCAGGAGAAGGUCUGCAAGCAAUGUGGGAAAGUUUUCCUGUCAGUCAAAGCUCUGUGUGGUCACAUGGCUUGUCACUCUGAUAAAGAUAAGGGGGGUGGGAGUUUUAACUUGAAGGAUGAACAUUCCUGGACUAUUGAUAGCAAUAGUUCUGAUACAGAAGGAGAGGACCAUUUCCCAGUGAUGAACAACACAUCAGCAUCAACCAGGCCCAGGAGGUACAAGAAAAUCACCCACAAUAAUUCUUCAUUUACUUCCCCUGAUGUUAAAUCUGGUUCUGAAUCUGCCUCCGAAGUCUUUGAGCAAGAUCAGGAAGAAGUAGCCAAAUGUCUGAUGAUGUUGUCUAGGGAUUCUGGGAAUUGGAAUACUGGUAAUUCACUCAUGGACUCUUCUGAUAACAAUUCUGUUGUUUUAGAGAUGAAAUCAUCUUCUAUUGACAUUAAAACUCCUAAGAAGAAUAUAGACGAGUCUCCCAAAAACUGCAGAAAGAUUGCAGAAUCUCAGAGUUCUGACUCAAUGUACUUUCUGGGUGAAAAUAAUGAGGACGGAUCUGACGUUUCUUCUGAUAUGUUACUCCUAAAAAGUGAUUACAAAUCUUGCAAGUCUAAGAAUAGUGUUGAAAUGGAUAGAAGAAUCAAAGGCUAUUAUGAAAAGAAUGACUAUUAUGAGUUUAGAGUGGAAUCAAGUUCUGGGAAGCAAGAAUUCAAAAGAACACAAGAUGGUUCUUAUGACCCUGUGCAAAACAAAUCCUGUUCUGGUAAGAAGAUAAAGAUUAGUUUUUCAGAUGCUAAUAAGAAGAAAAAGAAGAAGUAUGAGUGCUUAAACUGUAAGAAGGUAUUUAGCUCUUAUCAGGCACUUGGUGGACACAGGCCAUGCCAUAAUAAAAGACCAACGGGGUCGAGAUAUGAAACCGGUGAGAACAGCCUAGAUUCACCUUCCUACAUGGAAACUAAGGUUAAGACCAGCAACAAAACAAAGGGUCACAAAUGCCCAUUUUGCCCCAGGGUUUUCAAAUCUGGUCAAGCUUUAGGUGGCCAUAAACGGUCACAUUUUAUCGGUGGGGCCGAGGGAAAUGGUCAUCGGACUCAAGUUACUAAAGAAGCAGCAAAGCCCGAGCUGCUUGAUCUUAAUGUUGCUCCUAUUGAGGAUGAGGAUGAGCAGUUCAUGUGGUAAAUAUCCCAGCUUUUUUUGCUUAUUGAGUUGAUUCAUUUCUCUGGAUCCAGUUGAUCCUCAUAUAAGUUAAUCUUCUGUUACAGAUUAUUAAAAAAGACUUUUUGCUUUGUUGCUUUUGUUCAAGUUCAAAUAUGGUCAAAUCAAAGUAUAUUACAUGUGAACAUGAUUGUGAUGAGAUUUAGCCUUUGACUGAAAGCUGUGGAAAGGUUCAUGCACUUUGAAUAUUACAAAAUAACUACUGUGGAUUAGUUUGCA